GUCAAUGAAGGCAGCAGUGGGAUGAAACGGAAAGCACCCUUGGCAACGCUGUCACAAAAAAUCCCCAAACAAGGUCUGCGUAUAUCCCCCCUGCAGGCGGCUCGCAUUUUUCGAUAAUUAUGUAUAUUAAUAUGCUUAGCUGAUCAAUGCUUGUACGCGAUGGCAUCGAGGGGAUUUUAACGUGUUCGCAAUGGUGUUCUUCAACGAGCCCAGCUAGCCUAGCCUUUCUUCGUCGAGGCUCCACCGUGAAGUUAGCAUCGAGCUAAAGCUAAAAGCGGCCAAUUAUGGCGAUUGUGUCGGGCUCCUGCGCCCGGGUCAACGUCUCCCGGAGCGGCGGCCCCUCGGCGGCGGCAACGGCUCCGGCCCCCUCCCCGUCGUCCGGCCAGUCGCAGCCCAUGAUCGCCGUGUGGGAAUGGCAGGACGACCUGGGCCACUGGCGGCCCUACAGCGGCCAGGUGAGCGCCUACAUCGAGCGCUGCCUGUCGCCGCGGGGCCACCGGGGCGGCUCAGCCGGCGCCGCCACCAUCUGCCUGGGGCAGUCGGACCCCGGCCUCUCGCCGUAUCUCAUCGACGUGGCCAGCCUGAAGCAGUUUAGACAGGACACGGGAAAGACCCGGUCCGUACGGCGCUCCCUGUUUGCCCAGUCGUCGGGCCUGGGCAGCGGCGUGUACUGGGAGUGGGCCAACGACGAGGGCGGCUGGACGCCCUACGAGACGCGCACCUCCAUCCUUCUGGAGCACAGCUACCAGGCCCGGCAGGGCACGGCCGACCUGGGCCCGCACGGCUACAAUUACAUCGUGGACCUGACGUCCCUGGCCCAAGUCAACAAGUCGUCGGGCUUCAGGCGUCAAGUGCGGCGGCAGUGCAACCUGCCGUACCCGCUGGCCUCUUUCGGACCUCCCGCCAUCCCAUCGGGGCCCUCCAUGCUCCCUGCCGGCGUCCCGCCCCCCUCCUCCUCCUCCACGGGGGGCCCGGUCUGCUCCUGCCAGCAGUGUUUGAGCCACGGGGGCACGGGCCCCAUGCCCAGCCGAUCCCGGCACUCUUUCUCAUCGGGCAGCCUGAACCGUCCCAGCCUGCAGGGGACGGGCAGGGUCGCCACAGCGACGGCGGCGCACCCCGCCUCUGUCUACUCCCCGUACCCCCGCAGGCCCCUCUCCGUCGGCGGGAUGUCUUGGGGAGCCCCCUGGCCUCCACCGCCUUCUACUAGCCAGCUAGCUGCACCCCUUCUUAGCAGCUCGGCAAGCGCUAACGGACUAAGCAUUCCUUCCAUCCCCAUUCAGCUCAACGGAUCCACCAGCGUCAGCUCGGCCCUGGCAGGCAUGGCCUCCAUUUUGAUGUCGGCGGUCGGAUUGGGCGUGCACUUCACCGCCGCCGCCCCCCUCCCGCAGCCUCCUCCGCAUCAGCAUCUGCAUCAGCAUCAGCAUCUGCCGCCCCAGCAAUUCUCGCUCCCGCAGCCGCCGCCCGUCCAGUUCCCCCCCGCCAGCAGGCCCGGCAAGUCCCCCGGCAGUUCAGUUAAGAGAGCCAAGAGGCAGCACAGGAGAGCUUCCACUCAAAGAGCCGAGGAGGUGAUACGACGUUACAUGGAGGUGGUGCCCGGCGUCCCGGACGAGGACUGCAUCAUUUGCAUGGAUCAACUGUCCAAUCCCUCCGGCUACGAGACGCCGGCGAUGGCGCAGGAGAGCGGCCAGGUCAUCUUGCCAGACUCCGUGGGGAAGUUCGUCAAGUGCGGGCACACCCUGCAUAUGCUCUGCAUGCUGGCCAUGUACAACAAUGGCACCAAGGACGGCAGCCUGCAGUGCCCUUCGUGUAAGACCAUUUACGGCGAAAAGACCGGCACGCAGCCGAAAGGCAAGAUGGAGAUUUACAGCAUUCCCCAACCGCUGCCCGGGCACCCGGACUGCGGCACCAUCCAGAUCAUCUACAGCAUCCCGCCCGGGAUACAGGGCCCGGAGCAUCCCAACCCGGGACAACCCUUCACCUGCCGGGGAUUCCCUCGCUUCUGCUUCUUGCCGGACAGCGACAAAGGCAGGAAGGUUUUGGAGCUGUUGAAGGUGGCGUGGAUGCGGCGCCUGAUCUUCACGGUGGGCACGUCCAGCACCACCGGGGAGCCCGACACGGUGGUGUGGAACGGCAUCCACCACAAGACGGAAAUGAUGUCCAACCUGUCGGGACACGGCUUUCCGGACCCCAACUACCUGGACAACGUCCUGUCAGAGCUGGCCUCUCAGGGCGUGACCGAGGACUGCCUCAAGGCCGCUGGCAGCAGCUAAGUCAUUAGCUGCCACCCCCACGCCCCAAAAGCAAAGCCCACUUAGCAAAAGGGAACCUAUUUUCCAACCGGGCUGCGGCAUCAACGCCAUCGGAAUCGGGGAGAAGAACCCGGAAAUUUUUUCCGCCUUUUGGACGUAGUGUCAAGAGCAGUUUAGAGGCUUAGAACAGAAUGUUGGAACAAAAAAAACGUACUGUUUGAAAGCAAACACAAUUGCGAUAAUAUCCGGUUCCGACGCAGCUCCAUUCCCGCAAAACGUAUAACAGAAAAUUAUUUUUGCCGUUGUCUUUAUUUUUCAUUUCUAGCUUCGUUUGCAUCAUCAUCUCCGCCCCCUGCCCCACGCUCCGUCGCCGCGACGGGACCGGCGUUUCAAAUCUCAUAAAGCACUUUAGUUGUGACGGUGCAUCACUUAAAAAUACAUUUUUUUAAAAUGUACACGGGGGCGGGUGUGUGGGGGUUAUGCAAUUAAAAGUGUAGCAAAGAGA